AUGAGUGAAAAAAUACGUUUAAUUGAUCAGAAUGGUUAUCGACAACGAGCUGCUUGUAUUUGUAUAAGAAAUGAACGUGAAGAUGAAAUUUUAUUAAUAACAUCUCGUGAUAAAGCAUCUUGGAUAAUUCCUGGUGGUGGUAUCGAACAAAAUGAGUCAACUAUUGAAGCAGCACAUAGAGAAUUGUAUGAAGAAGCUGGUGUUAAAGGAAGAAUUAUUCGUGAUUUAGGUGUAUUUGAAAAUUUAGAAAGAAAACGACGAACAAAUGUUUUUGUUGUUUAUGUUGAACAUGAAUAUGAUGAUUGGGAAGAAAAAAGAUUAUUUGAUCGUCAAAGACAUUGGUUUCAAUUAAAAGAAGCUUUUUCACUUUUAAAAUGUUAUAAACAAUCACAAUUAGAAUUUUUUCAACGUUUUUUAUUAACAUCAUCAAAUUAUACUCAGUUAAUUCAUCAAGUUAAUAAUUCUUAA